AUGGGCUCGAUAGAAGCCAAUGGCUGGAGACCCCUGAGUGUAGGCGUGAUUGGUGGAGGCAUCGGUGGCCUAUCAACGGCCAUCGCACUCCGUCGAGCAGGCCACUCCGUCACAAUCUACGAGCGCAACGACUUCGCCGGCGAGGCAGGAGCGUCCGUCUCCUGCGCAGCCAACGGUACUCGAUGGCUACACGAAUGGGGUGUUGAUGUGGAGAAAGGCGAUCCUGUUGUCUUGAAGAAGCUCAUCAAUCGAGACUGGACGACGGGGGAGCCGGUCAGCGUUUACGAUCUCGAUGAUUACGAGGAGCGGUGGGGUUAUGUCUACAACAUGUUUCAUCGUCAAUACAUGCACAAGAUGCUCAUGGACUGUGCACUACAAGAAGAGGGCGCUGGGACGCCAGUGAAGCUGUUAGUAAACCACCCGUGCCAAAGUAUAGACAUACCAACCGGCUUGAUCAAAUUCUCCAACGGCAGCUCCGCCCAACACGAUCUCAUCAUCGGAGCAGACGGUAUCGGUUCCGUCACACGCAAGAUCAUCGGCCUGAACCCCGAGAAGCGACCCGCAGAAUCCAGUUGCCUCCACGCAAACGUCAUGAGGAAAGACAUCCAAAAACUUGGACUCGAAGACUACUCCCUCAACAGCGCACUAGAGUACUGGGGCGGCCAAGAGGGCAAGUGGGACAAGAUCGUCCUCUCGCCCUGCAACGGCGGCGAACUUCUCUCAUAUUACUGCUUCUUCCCUCGCUCGGUUGGCGACUACGCGAAUCAAACGUGGGGAGGCGCCGAUUUGCCCGUGGAAGAACUCCUUGCUCCUUACCCUGAGCUCGAUGAGAAGGUAAAAGCCCAUCUCGCUAUUGGUAUCGAGGUACGACCGUGGCGUCUUUGGGUUCACCAGCCUUAUCCGUACGUUGUCAAGAACUGUAUCGCGUUGAUUGGCGAUGCUGCGCAUCCGAUGAUGCCCCACCAAAGUCAAGGCGCCUGCAUGGCGAUUGAAGAUGCGGCUGCCCUAGGCAUUCUCUUCAGCAAGAACUACUUCAGGGGAGACGUGCAAGAGUCGCUCGCAGUCUACGAGAAAGUCAGGCUACCUCGCGCGACCAAGGUUCAGGCCUCAGCUGCCAAAGCAGCGUACAACAUCAACGAACGUAUUGGCUUCAGCAGCAAUACAUCUAUGUCAAACUACAAGGUAGAGGACGAGUCGAAGAAGUUGACCAUUGAAGAGAUGAACGCCUACGACAUGUACAAGGACAUCGACCAAGCUUAUGCGGAGAUGGAUGGAGUUGCAUACACCGACAGAUACAUCAGAGGGCUGCCUUUCGGGCUGCGGUUGUCGAACGGGGUCCACAUUGCUGGCAAUGCCAGACUGUAG